AACCGCCUCUGCUCCAAACACCCAGCCUGAGCUUCUCUUGGGCCUAUAUAUGAAGGAGCUGUUCAUGAAGUUCAGCAGAUAACUGCAUGCACAAGAAGAGGAAAGACAUUUAGUUUGUUUUUUCCAGUAAGACUAGUAAGAUUAGCACAUUUAUUCAGCCCUGGAGCUGUUGGACAGGAUGGCCACAGGAGCCAGUCAGAGCCGGGUGGAGCACCUCCUCAGUGCCGUGCAGAGUGAGCAGCAGGCCGGCAGCGAGAAGGGAGACCCUACGGAGAAAGAGCUGAAGGUGUCCCUGGAUGAGAACCAGCUUUGGCAGCAAUUUAAGGAUCUGACGAAUGAAAUGAUAGUUACAAAGAAUGGCAGGCGCAUGUUUCCAGUGAUGAAAGUGAACGUGUCUGGACUGGACCCCAACGCCAUGUAUUCUAUUUUGCUGGACUUCGUAUCUGCAGACAACCACAGGUGGAAAUAUGUGAACGGAGAGUGGAUCCCUGGUGGCAAACCUGAACCUCAGACUCCCAGCUGUGUGUACAUUCACCCGGACUCUCCAAACUUCGGUGCGCACUGGAUGAAAGCUCCAGUCUCCUUUAGUAAAGUCAAACUCACCAAUAAACUCAACGGAGGAGGUCAGAUAAUGUUAAAUUCCUUACACAAGUACGAGCCACGCACCCAUAUAGUGCGGGUUGGAGGCCCGAGGAGGAUCACCAGCCACUCUUUCCCUGAAACGCAGUUCAUUGCAGUAACAGCGUACCAAAACGAAGAGGUAACUGCUCUUAAAAUAAAGCACAACCCUUUUGCCAAGGCUUUCCUAGAUGCAAAGGAUAGAACUGAUCUCAGAGACAUAAGAGAAGAUGCCAUUGAAAACCAGCAGUCGACUUACUCUCAAUUAGGUGGUUGGUUUAUUCCAGGCUCAGGUCCUCUCUGCCCUCCUGCCAGUCCUCACAGCCAGUUUGGGAGUCCCAUCUCCCUCUCGCCAUCCCACGGCUGUGAACGCUACUCCACCCUGAGGAACCACCGCUCUUCCCCCUACGCCAGUCCAUACGUCCAUCGUACCAACUCGCCCAUCGGUUACUCCGAUAACUCGUCAGCCUGUCUGUCGAUGCUCUCGAGCCACGAUAACUGGUCCAGUCUACAGAUGCCAUCACACUCCAGCAUGAUGCCCAUGGCACACAAUUCCACCUCUGGUACCAACUCUAGUCAGUACAACAGCCCGUGGUCUGUGAGUAACUCGCCCCUGACUCCCGUGUCCCAGAACGGGGGGAUGAACAGCAGCCUGAGCUCCCAGUUCCUCCGAGGGUCCGGCAGCCACUACCCCGGCCUGUCUCACUCAGUCACAGUGCCCUCCUCUGGCUCUCCCAUGUACGACAGCAGCACAGCCACAGAGGUGCACGACACAGCUCAGUACGACGCCUCUCCACACGGGCGACUGCCUUCAGCCUGGACUCCUGUGACCCCUCCGUCCCUCUGAUGGAUGUGUCUCUGAAAGCUUGGACAGAUUCGGUCAUGAAAUGAUGUCUGCAGGAUGUUUGAUCUGCUGCGACUUAAGAGAAAAAUCAACCCCGAAUUAAAAAGGUUUUGUUUGUUUCCAAAUCACAUUUCACAGGCAAAAGACUGUUUUCAGGUUAGGGGCACUUGAAUUAACCCUGAAUUAAUUAAGAAAGAAUUCUUCACUACUUAAUUGGUACUAAUAGGAAUCUACAGAGACUUUGAGUUCUUCAAGUAACCCUUCAAAAUGUGCUUUGGUCUCAAAAAAUCAAUGUUUCUAUUUGUUUUUAACUAAAAAAAAACCAACCUAAAUGAAUAUGUUUUAUUUUUGGUUGACUUUCCCCUUGAAUUCAGCAAAUGUUUUUGUUCAGCAAACCAGAAAAACACAUGUAUUUUAAUGUUUGUGAACCCAAAUCCAUUCUAACCUGCUUAUAUUAAGCAAAUACAGUAGCUCCAUGAUAUUCACAGCAAAACAACAAUGUACAGUUGAAAAAUGUUAAAUGAUUUUAAACAUUAUUUAUAGUGUAAAUGAAAACACAAUUGAGGUUUACCAUGUAAAUAGAUAAAUGACUUUUUGUACCACAAUGACACCGUUUGAGAUAUUAUGUUCCAGAUGUUUUUAAAAAUGAAAUGAAAAACAUCUAAUGUCAAUAUUCUGCUAUGCAGACGAUACACAACUUUCCAUAUCAUUAAAGAAAACAUGUCAUGGUCUCUCAAGUGGCUGUUUUUGAGGCCAUCUACAUGACAAUAAA